AUGGUAGGGUGGAAUGUGAGGGGUAUGAAUAAAAAAGAAAAGCAAAAAGCUAUUCUAGAUGUUUGUAAGGAAAAUAAGGUUGGUUUUGGUGCUCUUUUUGAGACUAAGGUGAAACAUGAGAAGAUUCAUGAAGUCUUUGAGAAUAAUUUCCAUAAUUGGGAUUACUUUUCUAGUCCUAUCACCUCUGGUAGGAUUUUGGUUUUUUGGCAAGCAAAGUUUGUGAAGGUCGACAUCUUGCUAGAGGAACCUCAACUUGUUCAUUGCAAGAUAAAAGUGUGUGGCCAGCAAAAGGUUUUCUUUGCCACGGUGGUUUAUGGUAGUAACUCUAUGGGGGAGAGAAAAAAAUUAUGGGACAAGUUGGCUAGUAUUGGUCAACUGAAUAAUCCUUGGAUUAUUUUUGGGGAUUUUAAUGCUAUGUUUAGCUUCCAGGACAGGAAUGGUGGGAGACAAAUCCUAGCAAAAGAUAUUGCUGAUGCUCAAGACUGGUUGGCUUUAGGCCAAGUGGAAGAAUUCAAAUGCUCUGGAGCGCACUAUACUUGGUCGAACAAGCAUGAAGUAGGAGACCGGAUUUUCUCCAAGCUUGAUCGAGUUUUUACUAAUGAUUAUUGGCUGGAAUCUUUCCCGAAAACCGAAGCUUGCUUCAAAUGGGACUGUGUUUCAGACCAUAGUUACUGUUCGGGAGGAGGCCUUAAUAAGAUGGUGCAGAAAAUUUUUAGAGUUAAACAUGUUUUGAAAAGAUUUAACAGGGAAGAGGUUGGUGAUGUAGUCUUGGAUUACAAAUUGGCUAAGGAGGAUUUUAGCAAACCUCAGGAGGCCUUGGCUUUUAAUCCCACUGAUUAUUCUCUGCAUCAGGUGGUUAGUCAAGUUUAG